UUGUUCUUUACAAUCGGAAACGUCCGCUAAGCGGCGCCAUCGCUCGAUGUUUUUGUGGAAAUUGUGGCUUGUGCUUGUCUCCAUUUUCGCGCUUUCACAAAUGUUAUUGUCAAAAAUAUCGAGGAUGACUUAUGUAAGUUCAAAUUUUCUAUUUAAUAUUAAAUAUAAGUGCUUAGUGGCAAUUAUUGAGUGAAGUAAAAGUACAAAUGGUUAAGCGGAAGAAGAAUCGGGUUGUAUUUGAGUCCAGUAGUGACGAGAGUGAAAGUCCUGAAGAUCUGGACGAAGAACUCUUGUCCCUGGCGAAAAGAAAACGCUCGGAAAAUGAAAAUGCAUCGAAAGAAGUACCUCCGCCUGCCAUGCCAGCAAGCAAACCUGUCACUAAUACAAAUCGCCCAGAUUCAGAUUCAGAAACGUCAGAAAGUGACGAGGAAUGGACAGUGGAUGGCAGAGGUGCUAAGAAAAAAAGAACCAAACCAUCCAAGGGAAAAGGAAAUAAAAAGUCUGUUUCUUUGGAAGGAGGUGAAACCAAAGAUUCCAGUUCCGAGUUGGAAGAAGGCGAAGUCUCAGAUUCGGAUAGCGGAGAGGAUGCGAGUGGCAGCGACGAUUCCUCUGCAGACGAUGAGGAAUUUAACGAUGGCUAUGACGAAAACUUGAUGGGAGACGAAGAAGAUCAAGCCAGGUUGGCUCAGAUGACUGAAAAAGAACGAGAACAGGAAUUAUUCAAUCGAAUCGAAAAACGUGAAGUUCUUCGAACAAGAUUUGAAAUUGAAAGAAAAUUAAGAUUGGCCAAAAAGAAAGAACAAAAAAGAAAAGCCAAAAAAGAAGAAACAAAAUUAAAAAAUUCCGCUAGUUUUCGUAGUAAGGAGCGACGAAGAAUGGUCGAAGAGAAGAAAGAUAAAACGGAUAAGAAAGCCCAGGCGAUUAAAGAUCUGAAAGCGGAAAGAGAAAAACGUAAAAAACAAGCGGAAAUAGUAUUACAGAAAGCGGAAGUGGAAUUAGAGCAAAAUAAAGUAGAAGAAGAAUUACCUGUAGCCGAUACUUGGCAACAAACAAAAUUGAAAGCUAGUGACAUUUAUUCGGAUGAUGACGAUGAUGAUGUUAGUGGUUCGGGAGGAGAGAAAAGUGUUGCUUCUUAUUGUUCGAGAAGUGAGGAAGAAAGUGAAGUGCCCAAGCAUCAUUAUGUGUCAAAUAAGGAAGAACUAGGCCAGAUUCGUUUGUCACGACACAAACUCGAAAGAUGGGUUCAUGCACCAUUUUUUGCUAAAACUGUCACUGGAUGUUUUGUUAGAGUUGGAAUAGGCUCAAAUAAUGGUCGACCCGUAUAUAGAGUUGCAGAGAUUACUGGUGUUGUUGAAACAGGGAAAGUUUACCAGUUGGGAAACACCAGAACAAAUAAAGGUUUGAAGGUAAAUCAUGGAAGACAAGAAAGAAUUUUUCGUUUAGAAUUUGUUUCAAAUCAAGAUUUUUUAGACAAUGAAUUUUUUAAAUGGAAAGAAGCAUUAUUAUUGGAGGGCUUAUCUCUCCCUACUGUAGAGGAUAUCAAUCGCAAAAUCAGAGAUAUUCAAGAUGCAAUGAAUUACCAAUACAAAGAUGAUGACAUUGAAACUAUUAUAAAGGAAAAAGAAAAAUUUAAAAGAACCCCUCAUAAUUAUGCAGUUAGAAAAACUCAAUUAAUAAAACAAAAAGAACUAGCUGAACAGAAUGGUAACCUCAGUGAAGCACAUCAGUUAGCUACUGAGUUAGAUCAACUUGAAGAAAGAGCAAAGAAGUUGGAUAAGUUACGAACUAGUAAUAUAAGUGCCAUUAGCUACAUCAAUGAAAAAAAUAGGCAAAGAAACAUUGUUGAUGCAGAAAAGGCAAUUCUAGAAGAAGCAAGACAAAAACGAGAAAGAGAAGAUGACCCAUUUACAAGGAGAAGAUGUGCACCAACUCUAGUGACAAAACCACGCGAUGCAUACAACAAAGAAGUACCAGUAACAAAAGAACAACAGAGGCAAAAGGAUUUAAAACGUAAAAAAGAUGACGAAGUAGAAAGUACAAAACUCGAAAUGAAAAAUGACGUAGAAAAGAAAGAACAAUCAGUUACCUAUCAUCCUGAUGAAGAUUUAUUCUCGGCACAUGAUUUUGAUAUCAAAAUAGAUUUGGAUGUACCCUUACGAUUUGAUUCAUUAACUCCAGCUGUUAGACACACUGCCAUUAAAGAUAGUGCACCAAAACGUUCUCUCAAUUUGGAAGAAUAUAAAAAAAAGAGAGGACUUAUAUGAAUUUUGAUAUUAUUAUAUAUCAUCAUAAAUCAUAGGGCAUUCCUAAUUUUUAUGUGAGUCUAAUAUUAUUUUAAACAGUCUUGUCCAGUUUUUAUUGUUUAUUUUUAUCAAUUACACUCAAUGAAUUUGUUUUAUGGUCUAUUUGCAGUAUUAAAUUAAAAAUGUAAUAAAAUACUUUGAGUCCACUGUAUGUUUAGAAGAAAGAUUAAUAUUCAGACUAAAAAAAAAUUGGUGUAUCUGUGCUUUUCAUCAUAUUGUAGAUAAUUCUAUAAUCUAGAAAAUUAUCUAACUGAAUUCUUCUUAUUGUAAUUGUUUAAAUUUUUAUAAAAAAGAAAAUUGGAUAAAAUUUGUCUGUUUUAUGCACUUGAAGAGAAACUUCAUUGCCAUUGUUUAUAAUUCAUUUGGUUUGAGCUGAUAUUUUUAAUUGGUAUUUGUAAAUAUAAUAAAUAUAUGUGAAAUAUCUAACAUUGUUUAUAAUAGUUUAUUAGAAUUAGUUUUAUAGUAUUUCUCAACGUGGUUUAAAUCAGAGAAGCAAAAGAAUAAACAUAAUAUUGUGCUGUAUCAAAGUAAUAUGUUGCUAUUGAACAAAAUGUUUCACAUAAAAACAAUUCUGAUUUUAUGUACAUUUUAAUUCAAAGAAUUUUCCUUGCAAAAUUCUAUGCAUUUAGAUGCCAGUUUGGCAAAUUAUAGUGUGAUUGAAUUUUACUGUGUAUAAUAAAACAAAUCCUAAAUUUAGUCUUUCCAUUUUAUUUGUAAAUUUAUCUAAAAAAAUCAAAUGCUUUCUGUUACUAUAGGCUAGAAAUGAACUUUUUGGCAGAAUUCGAUAAUGAAAAUGAUGCUAUAUUUAUUAUUUUUCAUGACAGAACAUCAUUAAAUAAGAUUUUGCAUUGAUUAGGUAAUUUGUUUUCAUAAUAAUAAAAUAUUCAUCAUUGUUAAAAAUGUUUAAAAUUUUUUUCAUGGUUCCAAAUAUUAAUCAUAUUUUAAUAUGAUCAUCUAUUACCUGAUCAUUGCAAAAGCUUUUCAUUUAAUA